CUGAACUGAACAUCUCGGUGUGUCUCUCAUGUCCAGAAAUGUGCGCAGGCUGAAGAACGUAGUCGCAUCGCUCCGUGUGUCCUCGUCCGACAACGGCUCACUCUCGUCUCUUUAACGCAACACUGGAAGCUUCAGAUAAAGACGGAUAAAGACGCACUGAAACAAAUCCAACCACUUUCUCUGCAACCAGCCACUGAAUGCUGAUUUUUGGACAGCCCUCUCUCUGUCUCUGGACCUGUUCAGUCCUCCUGUGUCACGUUCGAUAAAGAACAGGCUGCAGUGGCUGCUGCAGCGCUAAAGCAGGAGAGACGCAGGAUGGGGGAAUUCCACAGCAGCCUCCACUGGGCGAGGCCAACCUGACUAAUCAUCCAAGGUGUCAAGCUGGUUCCUGUCCAAUGUCCUCCCCUCCCACAGUGUGAUGCGUCAUGGCUCCGGUGCUGAGAGGAGUUUGGUGGGGGCCGGAGGCCGGUGUCGUCGGGUCGGGGGCGGCAGCUGCUACUGGGGCGGCAUCGUGGCUGGGCAGUGAGCAGCUGGUCCUGGUCAUCACCCUCAGCACCCUCACCGCCCUGCUGCUGGUCUCUGUGCUGCUGCUGCUGUGUGCUAGCUGCCAGGGGCAGAAGAAAACAGCCAAUGCGCAUCCAGCAGGAGACCAUGACAACCUCAUGAAUGGAGUGUCAGAGAGAGAGACUAUCAGCCAAUCAGUAGACAGUCCAGCGACUGAUGUGGCCGUCAGCAGCUCUCACAAUGGUCCUUUAACCAGCGGUACAAUCCUCACAGACACACAGGACACCAGUCCCCAACCAUCAGAGGAGAUGCUUUCCAGCCAAUCAGAGCUCAGGUCCUCCAAGUGUCCUCAGGACCGCGAGCUUCCCAGCAUCCCUCCCAACAAUGCCCUUAUCGGGGAUGGACCCCCACCCUCAGGGGACAGCACCUAUGAGGUGGUGAAGGAGAUAGCAGUGGCGUCACGUGACGUCAGCGUCGAAGACUCUCUGUACGAGACAGUCAAGGAGCUCAAAGACCCCCCCCUGCAGCUUGGCAUCCCCAACGGUACCAGCCAGCUGAGUCCGGACGAACCUCCCCAUCAUCCCCCUGCCCUCCUCAACGGCCACCUCAGCCCCUGCACACCUGAGCGGGGGCCCCUGUGCGCAGGGGUGGAGUACGCCUCUGUCGACCUGAAUAAGAAGAGCCGCCACAGCGCUGACAUGGAGGCCAAAAGGCGCUCUGAUAACUCCGCCAUGCCUUCCCACAAGCCUCUGGAGGAACCAGAGGAAGACUUACCUCCACCAGUACCAGAGAAGGUUCUGGAUGAAAACGACAACCAGCCGGUGGUGAUGAAUGGACUGGUGGGGGCUGGGCUGCACAACGGAGAGUUACACUCCCCUCUGUCUCCUUCACCAGGGUUCGACAACCACAUUCUGUCAGACAAUGAGUCCGCCGUGUACUCCACAGUCAACAAAACAAACUGUGACGAUGCUGUAAAUGAGGAAGACAAAGAGCACGACUACAGCAGCAUCGCAGAGAUCAAAGGUCUGGUCCCGGCCUCUUCCUCCAGUGACCUCUACGCCACCGUCCGAGAUAUCUACACCCAGCCCAACGAGCCCCAGCCGGGGGAAGACCCCAACUUGGACAGCACAGAUCCUGGCUAUGAAACCAUCCGCAUCCCAAAGACUAGUAGCUCAGAUGAUGACCACAGGGCUGGGCUGGGAGCAGAGGGAUCAGACACUGCCAAAGCAGAGCCUGAUUACGAGAGCGUCGGAGAGCUGGGUCUGAGCCGGGAAACGUCCCGCCUCUGAGGAUUUCCCAUCGCCAUCUUCAUUCGUGGCGUUCUGGGAGGAGCUUCCUAUCUGACACAUCUUACAGACCAUCACUGCAGUGCUUUGAACCUGCCACCAAGCAUGCUUUUGGUGCAUGACUUGGGGUGAACAGCAGAAAAUGGCUCACCACACCGCAUCCAUCAUCAAUGCAUGAGUGUCUUCUUUUCGGCUUGGGUACGGUUUGUCAUAUCUGAACUUUUAAUUUAUCACCCAGGGUCAAUGUCAUCGGUACUGGUAGGCCUACUAAUAAAUGAACGGUAGUACCUCAGUCUCUGGGCAUUAAUCAUUGCACUUUGGAUCAUCAUUAAAUUUCUCAUUUUAAUUUCUGCUGACAGUGCAUAUCAUGGACGCUUGAUUGUGAAAUAAAUAUCAAAUAUUCUAUCACAACAGACAUGCAGCAGUUCAAGAGUUAGCUGAGGACACUAUCUGUGCCUGUCAUAAAUUAAAAAAAAACAGAUACCAAGAAUUCAGUGCCAUAUACUCAUGAAAUCCAUGCACUUACUGUAUGAAGGUAGCAUUAUUUGUACGCCCCAUCUUCUGCUGCUGGUAACUUCCUAGCUUCCUCCAGGUGACUCAGUGUCAUGUUUUACUGAGUUGUCAUGGUGUAUUUCUAGGUUAUUCCUUGUCAGGUCGGUCGCACCUCCACUGUGCAUUCUCUGCUUGAAAUGGAAUUUGAAUGGAAUCUUGCCAUGGAAAGCAAAAACCAGUCUUAUCUGUGACCAAAUACUCAAGACAGACAUUGCAUUUGAUAGAUUAUGCCAUCAACUAUAAAUGAUGACUCUCUGACUGCUACAUACAUUUUCUUAUGUUGAGACUGCUCACUGCAAAGGUGUGGGUGCAGCAUGUUAGAGUUUGCGCCUUCACAGUACAUUUUUAUUGGAUUUUUUUAGACAUUUUACGGUCCAUGUCAUCAUUUUUUAAUGAAAUUCGUAUUUAUUUGAAAAUGCAUAUUGUUGUGUAAUUGUGAAAUGUUACAAAGUAUGUCUGUGAGCGAAAAGUAAAAAGGGUUUUAUAGAAGUUUCAAGCAUUUUUAUGAGAUACUAAAUGAAAGUGAGUUGUGAGACAAUGGCAGUUGUAAAGGUACGCUUUCCCCUGAAUUUUUUGAAAAUUCAUUGUAGAAAAAGACACAAAAUGAGACCAUAUUUUAUUUUUUGUCAUUUUGCACAGGGGGUGAAACAAAUUCAAAAGACUUGUAAUGUGAUAAAA